CACUGCACUCCUUUUAGGGUUUUAUUCAACACAAACGCCGUUUAGCGUUUGUGUAAUUCGGUCAUAUACAAAAACGAUAAGUCUUGCUUAUUUUCUUAUUUGUUACAACACCUUUGGUUACUUUCCAGUUUGCACACAUUUUGUAUUUUGUUAUGAUUAUCUUUAAAUGUUAACAUUUGAUGGGGUUUGUGGGAAAUGGAUGAUGAAUCCUGGCUUACAGUAUUUGGCUUGUGUGUUGCUAUAGAAAGGAGAUCAAAUAAGCUAAUACGAUGUGUGUGAUGCAUAUGUCAAAUUAAUAAGCGGAUUGAAAAGCUUUAAUUAUGCUUUAAAGAUAUGGUCCAAAUUUGAGUUGGUGAUAACCUGUCGUCUUGUGUAGUAGGUUGAGAUUAGGAAUGGACUGCAGUGUAUUCUUUUUAUGGAUCACUAUAGUGUUUUUCACUUUUCAAUAAUCAUAAGAAAUACAAAUGUAGUCGGAUUUUACAUUCAGAGAACUAAAAAGUAAAAUCAGCAUUAUUCAUUGUGUUGCAUUAUGUUUACUGCCUCAUUUAUGUGUGUGCUUCGCCUUUUUUCUUCAUUUGUUUUAUAUUGUAAUAUAGCAAGUGGGAUUUUAAAUUUGAUAUAUUUCCAAUGAAACUGUUAGUGUCACUUUUCACCGGCAGGGGCGGUAAUGAGCUUUGGAAGCAGUUCUUCUACAUUGAAAAGGAAGCGUAACAAACCAAUGCAAUGUUCGGGAUUUUCGGAAAUAAAAUUUUAACCAAAGACCUGUAUAUCCACACUUUCUAAAGCCGGACGUAUAUAGCAGUGGCUGUAGCCCCAGUAUGUAUUUGUUCAUACCCGUAAACAUUGUUACACUUAUUGGUCCGAUAUUGUCGUAGUUGGUGUUUUCAAAUGCAGAAAACUGAAGUGAAGGCAAUUGGCAAAGAAGACACCCUAAUUUCCCACCUUAAUUUCAACUCUCAAACGCAUCUAGAGAAGACCGCUGCUUAAAAUAGCGUUAGCUGAUUAGUGACUGCGUGAAGAUGCAGUUGGCUCUGAGUAAAACGUUUGGCCAGAAACCAGUUAAAUUUCAACUAGAGCAAGAUGGAGACUUUUACAUGGUUGGGUCAGAGGUUGGAAACUACCUGCGUAUGUUCAGAGGCUCUUUGUAUAAACGAUAUCCAUCUUUAUGGAGGAGGCUUGCCUCGGUGGAGGAGAGGAAGAAAAUUGUUGCGUCAUCACAUGCAACGAGUGUUACUCUGCUGAAGGCAUCAGAAUGUGAAGAGAUUUUCGAGGGUAAUGAUGAGAAAUACAAAGCAGUGUCCAUCAGCACUGAGCCCCCUGCUUACCUCAGGGAGCAGAAGGCAAAGAGGAGCAGUCAGUGGGUCCCCACUCUGCCCAACAGCUCUCACCAUCUGGACGCUGUGCCUUGCUCCACCACCAUCAACCGCAACCGAAUGGGCCGCGACAAGAAGAGGACUUUCCCCCUCUGCUUUGAUGACCACGACCCUGCAGUGAUCCAUGAGAACGCAGCCCAGGUGGAGGCGCUGGUUCCCAUUCGACUAGACAUGGAGAUCGACGGACAGAAACUGCGAGACGCCUUCACGUGGAACAUGAAUGAGAAACUGAUGACCCCAGAGAUGUUUGCGGAGAUUUUAUGUGACGACCUGGACCUGAAUCCUCUGGCCUUUGUCCCUGCCAUUGCCUCAGCCAUUCGUCAGCAGAUUGAGUCGUACCCCACAGACAGCAUCCUGGAGGAGCAGGCGGACCAAAGAGUCAUCAUCAAGCUGAACAUCCAUGUGGGGAACAUUUCUCUGGUGGACCAGUUUGAGUGGGACAUGUCAGAGAGGGAGAACUCUCCAGAGUCCUUUGCACUGAAGCUGUGCUCUGAUCUCGGUCUGGGUGGAGAAUUUGUCACUACUAUCGCCUACAGCAUUCGCGGUCAGCUCAGCUGGCACCAGAGGACCUAUGCCUUCAGUGAGAACCCACUCCCGACAGUGGAGAUCGCCAUUCGCAACACAGGUGAUGCAGAUCAAUGGUGCCCCCUGCUGGAGACCCUCACAGAUGCUGAAAUGGAGAAAAAGAUCCGAGACCAGGACCGGAACACAAGGCGCAUGAGAAGACUGGCCAACACUGCCCCCUCCUGGUAGAAAGCAAUGCAGAGCUACACCCGACAGAAAGAAAGACACCAGGAGACUCCAGUAAAUACUUUGAGUGAACACACACCAUACCAGGUCAUCCUUCAGCAUUGAAGAAGCCUCUGGAUGUUCCUGCACCCACAGGUGGUCGGUCUCCAUGGUUACCUCACCUCAUACGUCACAGUUACACACAACACCCCUUGAAAUAGUCACACAACUCAAAACAAUGCACUUUGCAUUACAUUAAGUUAAAUGUAACUGUAUGAAUGUAUUUGCCAAAAAACACUCUUCAUCACAGAUUUCACAGGGCUGUUUUCUCGGUUUAACAAAGAUCCACUCGAAAUGGCAAAAUAAUCUGUGAAUGAGCGAUCCAAUUUUGAUCCUGGUUUAAUUGACAUUUCUUGGUGUUCCUGAUUGGUGUUUUCCCCUGCAGACAUGUCAAAUAUAUAUUAGGAAGGAAGGAAGAAGAAUAGAAGAAAAUUAUCACAUUAAGCCCCUGAGCAAUCUAAUGUGCUCAAAAUGCAAGGGUUACACUUAAAUGUAUGUGUGUUGUGAAAAAUGUCAUUUCAUUUUGAUGUAAAAUUAGUGGUUUAAUCAUCUGGUGGAUAAGCAAAAAAAUAUCAUGCACAGUUUUGAUAAUUGAUAAAUAGUUUCUUGCAGGAAAAAUGGUAAAACUUUUUUUUUCUUCCCUCGACUCAAAGUCAUUGUAAGAUGAAUAUCUUUGGAUUUUAGUCUGCUGUCAUACAAACCAGCACAUUUUUAACUGUAAUGGACUCUUUUCCCUGUUUGAGGCAUACCAAGGCAAGUGGUUGGCUUUGAACAUUUCUGGUGGUUGGAGAACCUUUACUAGAUAGAACAUGUCCCAAUACCCCUUGGGAUGGUGUGACAUGGAACAGAACAUCUCCCAACACCAGAAUCAUUUGAAAGCUGCAGUAAAUUAAGCCAGUUCCGCAUACAGGCUUCACUACACAGUGAGCCACAUUCAAGUGUUCCUUGUAUAUACUGUGCCUGAAGGUCAUUAAAACAAACUAGAUUCCCGGAUAAUGUUGCUGUGUGGCGUGCUCUGGUUCUGAUGACUUCCCACUUCCCAUCAGUGUUCAUUUGCAUGCCAUCACAUAGCUAGUUCAUCGUGUCCCCUUUGCAUGAGGGACAAAUUGUUCCCGUUGUUACUGCUGUUUGCAGCGUGCCUCACAUUGCAUCAAUAUAAGCAGGCUGCAAUCUCUCUGUUACUGUGAGUGUUUUGAGAAGCACACAUAAAAAAUACAAGCAGACAGUGGUGUCUUUUCUAAGUGCUGAUUUUCAUCUUGAACAGAUUCCAUUAACAUAUGGACCAUUGCUUCUUCUAUUCUUUUGUAAUAUGCCUUUGUCUUUAUAGUGGACUUGUUUUUAUAUAUAAAAUAACAAUAAAGAACUUGUUUGAAAUAGCGUGUUUUGUUAA